AUGUGGCCCUCUGAGAAGCAUAACUUAGGUGAUUAUAGUCUCUUUCAUCCAGAAGGCGAUCCUAUCGACCAGGACCUGGAAUAUCAGCAGGUUACUAUACCCUUUGUGUCAGUCGGAUACGAGAGUCCAGAACAAACCUCCAGACCAAUAGAUCUUAUCCCAUACAAUUGCUUUCCCAAUCUCGACAGAGAAUCAUGCCGUCGAACUAGUCCGGAGCUCGCAGUGACCAAUGUCAACCCAAUUCUGUUGACUGCAUUGGAUCACCCUACCAACGUUCCGGGGUGUAAUGGCACACAGGCAAUUUCCAACCAGGGGGUCCAUACCACCCGUAGGACAGGCGUUCUAGAUCUGCAAAAGCGAAUGCAAAAAUAUCCAACGAUAACUGGCGAUGGCACGCCUGCCCGUAAUAGGAAUCUCUGUAAGGGACGUAAAAUAACUGAACGCAACACCGGCCGCGAGUACUCUACGAAAUAUCGCUGCGAAUGGGCGGGAUGCAGAUAUACUGGUGUCUUCGGACGUAAGGAAGAUUUGAAGCGGCAUAUAUUCAAAAUUCAUGUUUCGCCGCGCUCGUAUGAAUGCCCUGUGGGGAACUGUCGGAGGGCUUUCAACCGGAAUGACAAUCUGCAGAGUCAUUUGAAGAGGGUGCACCCGGUCCCAUGGGGUUGA